AUGGUGUCCCUAGUAGUUAUCUUACAACAAAGUGCACUGGCUGGUUGUUUCAGCCUAUCAGUAAAGAGAUCAAAAAGCAAAAGACAGUUCUUCAGCUUUUCUAAAAACAAAGAAAUAAAUAAAGGUAAAAUGGGAGUAGAAGGUUCUAAUGUAUUGUGUGACAUCAAACAAGAACCAAUAAUUAAAAGAGAAGAGGAAACUGUGAAUAAAACAGGGCGCCAUGAUAAUGAAAUUAGUAUACCUGAAGACAUGCAUAUUAAAGUAGAAGAAGAAGAGGUAAAUAUAAAACUCAUUUUAGCCGAAUGUGAAUUACAGAAAGCGGAUAAGAAUGAAGACAAUAGUGAUAAAUCUGAAAGAUACACAAACUAUGAUACCAAUUUAUCAGAAUCAUCUUAUGAGGAGGAUAACGAUCCAAAACAAGCUAUUGAAUCAGAAUUAAAUGACCCAAAUAAUGAUUGUUAUUUAUGUAAGAUGACUUUCAUAAGUCUUGGAGAAUACAGAAGACAUCUUCGAGAAAGACAUGAGAUGAAGUUGAAGCCUUUGAGAACUAUCUUUUAUCCGAAUCCAGAUAUUGAACCAGAUCCUGAGGAUCCUCAAAAUUAUUGUAGAUCCUGCAAAGGUACAUUUCCUGAUCGUUGGAGAUAUCGAAAACAUCUUAAUUUAAAGCAUAAAAUGAAUUUGCCACCUAGUCGUCAUCAUUCUUCUCAACUUACUGAUACUGAAAACAAAGAAUCAGAAUCAGAAUCAGAACCAAAACCAGAUCCUAAAGACCCUAAUAAUUAUUGUCACUCUUGUAAAGUUAAUUUUAGUAAUGUUCAAAUAUACAGACAGCAUCUUGUAGAAAGACAUGAAAUGAUGAAUCUCGAACCACUCCCACCUAUUCCUGAUCCUUCUAUAGAACCAGACCCUAAAGAUCCGGAUAAUUACUGUCGUUCUUGUCAUUUUACUUUUAUUACACUUGAAAGAUAUCACCAGCAUCUCCUCGAAAAACACAAUAUAAAACCACCACCAAUAGACUUUGAAUUAGAUCCUAAUAACUAUUGUCGUGCCUGUAAUAUUUUAUUUCCUAGAUUAGGCAAAUACAGGAGGCAUAUUCAAAGUAAACAUCACAUCAUCCUUCCUUCUCUUCACACUGUUUAUAAACCUAAACCGGGUAUCGUGCCUAAUCCUGAAGAUCCUAAUCACUUUUGUAGAGCCUGUGAGGCUAGUUUUGAUAGUCGUGCAAGGUAUCGACAGCAUCUUAAAAGAAAACAUAAUAUGACUUUAGAGCCUAUUCGGACAGCCUAUUAUCAUUGUCCUGUUUGUAAAAGCGCAUUUUCGAGUUUUAAAAUCCAUAGUCGUCAUAUGCAGACAGAACAUGGUGAACAACAAAUGAAAAAGCCUAAGGCUGUUUAUAAACCUAAGCCUGGAGUUGAACCAGAUCCAGAGGAUCCAAAUCACCUCUGUAGAGCCUGUGAUGCCAGUUUUAAAAGCCGUGGAAAAUAUAGACAGCAUUUAAGGGAGAAACAUAAAAUGAAAUUGAAACCUUUAACACCCAUUUAUAAAUCAAAACCUGGAGUUGUACCGGAUCCUGAAGACUCUAAUUUAUAUUGUUGUUCUUGUGAGGCCACAUUCUCUAGUCGUGGAUCUUAUAAGCGACAUCUUGGACGUAUACAUAAUAUGCAACCAUCAUCAACAGCGACAAUAGAAACAACAGCAACAACAACACCAACAAUACCAACAAAAGACUCAGCAGAAUCAUUAGAUACUAUAAAUAAACGUAAAAGAACUACUGCUACUUCUACUACUUCUACUACUUCUACUACUUCUACUACUACUACUACGACUACGACUACGACUACGACUACGACUACUACCACUACUGUUCUUCUUCUCGAAUCAUCCUCCUCCUUCUCCAAUGACACAUCCUUUGAGAAUCACUUUCUUUGCCAUAAAUGUAACAAGUCCUUUGAUAGCCUUGCACGAUAUAGACAACAUCUACAAGAGAAACAUGAGAUAAAACUAGAAAGCUUAGCCCCAGUUUAUACACCUAAACCAGAUAUUCAACCAGAUCCUAAUGACCCUGAUAAUUUUUGUAAAGCGUGUGAGGCGAGUUUUAAAAGUCUAGGAGCUUACAGACAACAUCUUCGAGGGAAACAUAAAAUGAAAUUAAAACCUUUAGUACCUGUUUAUCAUAUUCGACCUGGUGUUAUACCAGAUCCUAAGGAUCCAAAAGGUUAUUGUCUUGCCUGCGAUGCUACCUUUUCUAGUCUUGCAAAUUAUAGACGACAUCUUAAACGUAGGCAUGCAUCUGUAUUAGAACAACUGUCUAUUACUACACAUUAAUCUAAUCUAAAAAAAAAAAAAAAAAAUGGGGGAGGGCUCUAUAAAGUAGUUAUUCUAUUAUGAUGAUUUACAUAU